ACAUCAUCACUUUACAAUGUAUAAAUUAAGAAAUGUAGAAACCAUAGUGUAAUAACUUGAAAUAUAACAAAAAUGGCUGUUCCCACAGUGCAGCCACAUUUUGUGUUGUUUCCUUUCAUGGCACAAGGACAUAUGAUACCUAUGAUGGACAUUGCGCGUCUAUUGGCACAGCGCGGAGUUAUAAUCACAAUCCUUACUACACACUUGAAUGCCAACAGAUUCAAGAAAGUCCUUGAUCGCGCGAUAGAAACAGGACUAAAGAUUCAGGUGGUUCAUCUAUUCUUUCCAUGCUUAGAGGCUGGACUACCUGAAGGGUGUGAAAAUUUCGACAUGCUUCCAUCGAUGGAAUUUGGGGUGAAAUUCUUCGAUGCUACGAGAAGACUUCAACCCCAAGUGGAAGAAAUGUUGCAAGAACUGAAGCCUUCGCCGAGUUGUGUAAUAUCUGACAUGUGUUUCCCAUGGACAACUAAUGUUGCACACAAAUUUAACAUGCCUAGGAUUGUUUUCCAUGGGAUGUGUUGCUUCUCUUUGUUGUGCUUACACAAUUUGAGAAAUUGGGAGGAGUUAGAAAAGAUUGAGUCUGAUACAGACUACUUUCAAGUGCCUGGAUUAUUCGACAAGAUUGAACUAAACAAAGCUCAGCUUGUGAAUAUUCUCAGGGCAACAGAUGAAAAUAUGAAGGAGCUUAUGGACCAAAUGAAGAAAGCAGAGGAUGAAGCUUAUGGGAUAGUGGUGAAUAGCUUUGAGGAUUUGGAAAAAGAAUACGUCGAGGGUUUAAUGAAUGCGAAAAACAAGAAAAUUUGGACCAUUGGCCCUGUUUCACUCUGUAACAAAGAGAAACAGGACAAAGUUGAAAGAGGUAACAAGGCUGCAAUUGAUGAACACAAGUGCCUAAAAUGGCUUGAUUCUUGGGAACAAGACUCUGUACUCUUUGUAUGUCUCGGGAGCCUAUCGCGUCUUUCCACGUCUCAGAUGGUAGAGCUAGGGCUGGGGUUAGAAUCAUCUAAACGACCCUUCAUUUGGGUCGUUCGACACAUGUCAGAUGAGUUCAAGAAAUGGCUAGUGGAAGAAAACUUUGAGGAAAGAGUUAAAGGACAAGGACUUUUAAUCCACGGUUGGGCACCACAAGUACUAAUCUUAUCUCAUCCUUCAAUAGGUGCGUUCUUGACGCACUGUGGAUGGAAUUCGAGCCUGGAAGGCAUAUCUGCUGGUGUGCCGAUGAUCACUUGGCCAAUGUUCGCUGAGCAGUUUUGCAAUGAGAGGCUAAUAGUGAGUGUACUCGCGACAGGAGUGAAGGCCGGCAUGGAGAAUCCAGUGAUGUUUGGAGAAGAAGAAAAAUUGGGAAAACAAGUAAGCAAAGAUGAUAUUAAGAAGGUGAUUGAAGAAGUAAUGGGUGAAGAAAUGGAAGCUGAAAUGAGAAGAAAAAGAGCAAAAGAAUUAGGACAAAAGGCAAAGAGGACUGUGGAGGAAGGCGGUUCCUCUUACCUCAACUUGACACAAUUGAUUCAAGAUGUCACAGAUCAAGCAAAUCUUUUAAAAGGUUGAUUGAGGAGGUAACUAUGUAUUCCUUAUAGUUCAAAUCAAGUUUUAUAGUAAUGUUAAAAGUUCAGUUACUAUAAUAAGACACAUAUAAUUUUAUUGA